GCGUUUGGGCCAUGCAUAACUUUACGUGGGCCCUGCAUAACUUUACUUUGGGCCAUACGGCUCGUUACAAGGGCCCAGUCUUUGGUGGAAUCCGCCUGUCUCUAUCUUCUCCAUCCGUGACACGUCCGGCAGCUCCAUCGAGUUCGAGGACUAGCCGCCGCCGCCGCACCUGCACGCACGCCAAGGGACGGGAGAGCAAGAGGGAGAUCCGAGGAGGUCAAAGAUGAUCUACCGCAAUUGGUCGCUGCUCUCGUCGACGGUCGUCAUCUGGGGCGGCGUCGCCACCGCCGGCCUGGCCGGUAUCUUCCUCUUGGGCGGCAAGGAGAAAUUCAGUCAGUAUCUGUGCCGCGAAGGCGAGAGGCUUAGGCAGCAGGACAGAGCCACGAUCGGCAUGCAAAACUAGAGAGGAAGCAUAUGUAAGCCUGUUCGAUAUAUAAAGGUCAGAAAAGCUUGCUCUGUAUGUCAGCAGUAAUAAAACUUGUGCUGGCUUUCAAUUUCCCCAGCAAAACUUGCUCUGUAUGUCAGUAGUAAUAAGCUGACUCUGGUUUGUCGUGGGUUCAGUGCUUGUUUGGCAUCAACUUGUGCGACAUGGUACACUUCUGAAUAAAGGUUAUUUCAUUUGGCUGGCGUGACUUGAUAAAAUUUAGUACUGGGUGUACUCGUACAUGAGUGAUGUGCAGGAAUUUUCUCAUGACUGAUAUACACCCCUAACAUUCUAACAGUAUUUUCUAGGCACGAUUUUAAAAUGACGGGUAAAGAGGGAAGAAGAAAAAAGACCACAGGUCAAUACAAAAGGUAGCCCCCUACCCCCACCCCAUGACCCUUUCCUCUUGGCAUGCAGUUUUUCAUGUUGACAACUGUUCAGCUAUUAACUGUCCAAACUCAACUCCCAGACAAUUUAGUGUCCCACAGUUGUUGUAUGUGAAUCCAUUGUUUUGGGCUCUGA